CAGCCAAGUUAACAGCAACAAUUUCUUUUCUUUCGGUGUGCGUACGUUUGAUGACUUAAGGCGGUCGAAAAUUUGUAAAAUAGUGCAGAUUUUGUGUGUGAAAAAUGGCUAAGAAGAAAACCGACGAGUACGGUGCUGACGGCAACGAUGGGGACUAUGAUGAGGAGCCUAAUUUCGAUGAUCCAGAGGGAUAUGUUGACGAUAUUCCCGAUGAAGAGCUUUUGGCCAAUAUGUUGGCACAGCGGCCCUUGGAGACCGAUGGUGUUGAAAGCGUUGUUGUUGUUGACAACAUACCAGUUGUAGAGCCAUCGCGUUUGGAGAAAUUGAAAUCUGUUAUUCAAAAAUUAUUUAGUCAUUGCGGUGAAAUUGUGAAUGUUGUUUUCCCCGUUGAUGACGAAGGCAAGACAAAGGGUUAUGCUUUUAUGGAGUAUAAAAACGGAAGCAUGGCAGAAGAAGCUGUGAAAAGCCUAAACAAUCACCGUCUUGAUAAGAACCAUACCUUUGCCGUAAAUUUGUUUACAGACUUUCAGAAGUAUGAAAACAUCCCCGAGAAAUGGGAGCCUCCAACCCCGCAGCCCUUCAAGGUUCAAAACGAUUUGUAUAAUUUCAUCACCGAUCCGGAUGCAUAUGAUCAAUAUAGCGUAGCUGCAGAGACCGCACCGAAUUCCGUGCAAGUAUCGUUUUGGCAAAAUACCCUACCCGAGCCCAAUGAAUUGGAAUCUCGUGAACGUUUUACCGAUACAUUUGUCAAAUGGUCUCCACUCGGUACCUAUGUAGUCACGUUCCAUAAGCCUGGUGUCGCCAUCUGGGGUGGUAGCAGCUUCCAAAAGAUACAGAAAUUCCCGCAUGCAAACACACAAUUCGUAGAAUUUUCACCUUGUGAAAACUAUCUUGUUACCUACGGUCCAACACCCACAGGACAAAAAGUUAUCAUUUGGGAUAUUCGUACUGGUGUGGAGAAGCGCUCCUUCGUUGCCGAUGGCAUGUCCGUAUUAUCGAUGUUCCGCUGGUCACAUGAUGACAAAUUCGUUGCACGUAUGGGCGAUAAUUCCAUACACAUUUACGAAACACCCUCUUUCUACCUGCUUGAUUUGAAGUCAAUUAAGAUUCCCGGCAUUCGUGGCUUCUCAUGGUCCCCCACUGAUAAUGUGAUUGCAUAUUGGGUCGAAGAACAAAAUCAAAUUCCUGCGCGUGUGACACUUAUGGAGAUACCCAAAAAACGUGAAACUCGUAAUAAGAAUCUUUUCCAUGUAGCCGAUUGUAAGCUACAUUGGCAGAAAUCAGGUGACUAUCUGUGCGUUAAAGUUGAUCGUUACUCGAAAUUAAAGAAGGAUAAAAAGGAAUUGGAUGUGAAAUUCCUUGGCAUGUUCUACAAUUUCGAAAUCUUCCAUAUGCGUGAAAAAGAAAUCCCCGUUGAUUCCGUGGAGAUACGCGAAUUGAUACUUGCUUUUGCAUGGGAGCCCGUCGGCAAUAAGUUCUCCAUUAUCCAUGGUGAGCAAAGCAAUGCAAAUGUAAGUUUUUAUGAAGUGAACAAAGGUGUGAAACCUACACUUGUGAAGAAGUUGGAGAAGAAAUCAUGCACACACUUGUUCUGGUCGCCACGCGGUCAGUUCAUUGUAAUGGCAAAUCUCUCCAUGGGCACUUUUGAAUUUGUCGAUACAAAUAAUGACUUCAUCAUUACUGCAUCACCCGAUCAUUUCCGUGCAUCUGAGGUAGAAUGGGAUCCAACCGGCCGCUACGUUGUGACAGGCGUUUCGUCGUGGAAGGUUAAGGAAGAUACCGGCUUCAACAUGUACACCUUCCAAGGACGUAUCAUCCGACGUACAAUAUUGAAGAACUUCGUACAAUUUUUAUGGCGUCCACGACCACCCACUUUGCUAUCGGAAACACAACAGAAGGAAAUCAAGAAGAACUUGAAGAAAUACUACCCAAUAUUCGAACAAAAGGAUCGCUUGCGUUUGACACGCGCAUCCAAGGAAUUGCUUGAGAAGCGUGCACAAUUGCGGGAACAAUUCAUGGAGUACCGCAACAAGCGUAUUGCCGAAUGGAAGGAGCAAAAGAGCCGUCGUCUGCAGCUUAGAAAUCAUUUCGACACAGAUAAUUUGGAUACUGAAGAAGUCGAUGAGGAAAUCGUUGAAUUUUUAGUAAAGGAAGAAGUAACCGUACUAGAGUAGUCGAACAACAAUUGUGUCGUUUUCCACUAAAGCAUACGCCUUUGUUUGCCAAUUGAAUUACAAGGGCGUAGCUAGACAACAUACAUAUAAAAAUUGUAUUUAAGCAAAAAUUAUAAAAUACAAUAUUUAUUCAUCAAAAUUAAUAUACUUUAAUUGAAAGUUUUUUCAAAUUGAUUUGGCAUACUGCGAACGCUCAACGUGUAUUUCCAAAGAGAAAAAAGCAACAACAACAACGCGUCAUAUAACUUUUUAGUUUAAAAAUCAAAACUAUUACCGGCUCUAAACUUUUUCCAAAAUUGAAUUUAUAAUUUGUAUGAAGCAAAAGUAACUGUAAAGCAUAAGUAACAUAACUUUUUUACUAUAUAAAGCCUUUGAAAUUCAACUUAACGAAAUACAUAUACAUACAUAUACGCAGAUAGAUAUUUUGUUAUUUUAUUUUACUUUGUAAUUAAUUUUAAUUGAGUACGAAAAAAGCGUAUACACACAUACAUACUAUCUAUCUAUCAUACGUAAAUAUAGAAAAUUAAAUAUCUUAUAAAAUGUUGAAAAAUUUCAUGACUCUCCCUUCUGGUAGUUAUGUUGUAUUCAUUAUGCUGAUCUUUAAUAAAAUUAAAUAUAAAUUUGCA